UGAAAAAAAAUUAAAAAAAGCAUGGCGCGCUACUACUUUAAAAAAUUAAACGUCAUCGUUUCAAAAUGUUGCGUGACCUUUUCGAAUUCAAAACGAACUAGGGCUUGUAGUCUUCUUGUGCCUGCAAAAAAAUGAAAAUGGAGUUCUGAGACUGAGACCCAAUUCUCGCUACAAGUACCGAAUUGGGGACCCAAUUACUAUGCCAUACGAAUAUCAGAUGGAGCUUCAGAAAGAGAUAAUGGUAAAUGAGUCCAAGAAGAUUUUGGAGUCCAUAAACAUGAUGUCUCUUGCGAAUUUAGAUGAUCAACAAGUGUAUUCUCUUAUGAUGAUAAAGGAACUAGCUCGUGGUAUAGUUCAUAACAAAAUUGAAAAGGUGACAGCUAGUGAUGUUAAAAAAGCACAAUCCCAUAGUAUUGACAAAAUGGUGGGUUCUUGCAAGGCUGUCAAGAAGGUUUUGAGUUAUAUUGAUUAUGAAACUAUUGAUGAUCCGCAUUCGCAGUCAGUGUCGCGGAUGAAGGAGAUUGUGUCAUCUAUUGUCACUAAAGGAGCUAAGGUUGAUUCAAAUACUUUUGCUGUUGGGACCGAGGAGGAUGUGGAACUUGAAGGGAUUCAAAGGACAGUAUUAACAAAUAAAACUGUGGAAACAGAAGCUGAGUUGAGAAAUCAACAUGAUAAGCCUGUGGAGCAGAAUAAUAUUGUGGUUGAGACGGUGGAACAGAAUAAUAUUGUGGUUGAACAUUCAUAUUUGGGUAAUGCGGGUAUCCAGGCCGAAAGGGUAGUUGAUGUGGUAAAUGAAGAUGGUCAUAUCGAGGGGAAAACCAACUUAAUGGAUGAGCCACCCCGGUUGGGCAAUGGAGAAACUCUAGUUGGAAGGGAACAAUGUGUAACACUUUCUGGAGGUACAUCUACUUGCAGUGCGGUGCAGGCUUUUCAACCAGAAGAGUUGAUUUUUGAAGAUGCCCAAUUUUCAGUGAAAGAUGAAUUAAGAACAAAAGAGGAUCAGAAAGAGAUGGAAGAAACCUUCACUGGAUCAUCUGAAUUAGAAAGGGAUGAUGACCCAAAUGAAGGGAAAGAAUCAGUGGCAAUGUCGCCCCUUCAUCCCUCUGUUAUAUGGCCUGCUGAUGAUAUAAUUACCCUCGAAUGGGUAAAGAAUUUGAUGUUUAAACUUGAACACUCUUCAAAGAACGAUCCACCAUCUAAUUUUAGGUCUCUCGUGCCAAUAUCUGUGGUGGAUAAAUUAUUUGAUGCGGCUUCAAGAAUCAUGUCGCAGGAACCAAAUUGUGUGGAAGUUGAUUGUCAUGAAAUGGAUUCAAAGGUUGUUGUAGUUGGUGACAUUCAUGGACAAUUUCAUGAUUUGCUCAAUCUUUUUCGCCUUGCUGGGUUACCAUCUGAGAAGCAGUUUUAUGUUUUUAAUGGUGAUUAUGUAGAUAGAGGAGCUUGGGGUUUGGAAGUAAUUAUUGUCCUGUUUGCUUGGAAGGUCCUGAUGCCUGAGAGAGUUUAUCUAUUGCGAGGAAAUCAUGAAACUGGAUUUUGCACAUCAAUAUAUGGUUUUAAGCAAGAGGUCAAGACCAAAUUUGCUGAUAAAAGUGAAUUGGUCUACAAGAAAUGCUUAGAAUGCUUCAAAGACCUUCCUUUGGCCUCAAUCAUAUCAAGUUGUGUAUACACUGCACAUGGGGGCCUUUUUCGAAGCUUGAGUUGUGGCCCUGUUAGAAGGUCUAAGAGAAACAAACCACAAAAAUUAGAGUUAGGUUCUUUGGAAGAUUUGUCUAGAGUGAACAGAUUUUUUAUAGAUGUUCCAGAUGAAGAUCCAAGUAUAUUGAAUGAUGUGCUAUGGUCUGAUCCAUCAAAGAAAGGUGGUAUAAUUGAAAAUGCAGUUCGAGGAGUAGGUGUAACAUGGGGUCCUGAUUGCACUGAGGCUUUUUUGAAGCAGUCAAAUUUAAAGUUGAUUAUCAGAUCACAUGAAGGUCCUGAUGCUAGAGAUGGACGUGAUGGCUUUGAAGAUAUGUUAAGUGGGUACAGCACAGAUCAUGUUGAAGAGUCAGGGAAAUUGUAUACUUUAUUUAGUGCUCCCAAUUAUCCACAGUUCGGUGAAAUAAACUACAAGAACGAAGGAGCAUAUGCUGUAUUGAAGCCUCCUAAUUUUGAAAGUCCAUCUUUCCAUCAGUUCAAAGCCAUAGAAAGGCCAGAGAUAGUGAUAGAUCCUUUUGAGGCUGUUGCUGAUGAAGAUGGGAGUUAUGCCAGCGAAGAAGAUUUGACAUCAAUUUAUACAAGUAGUGAAUCUUCACCUCAAACUAAUAUUCCAGAUUGGUUGAGCUCUAGGGUCGACUUUGAGGCGUUAGGCAUUUAUAGUCCUCCUUCCUGGAAUAUUUUGAUGGAGAAUAACAGUACAGGCCGAACAAAAUUUCUCCAAGUUCCAAGGGCUCCUUUGAUAGAAGGGCUUCCUCUACCCUCACACCUGCAGGAGCCUUACAAGGGUGCCUUUGAGUAUCUCUUUGAGCUUAUUGCUGCCCUGAAGUGCAUGGUUUUAAAAGGAGUAACUGAGAAUGGAGUCCAUGCCUCAACUGAGAGUCAGAAGCGUUCCAAACGAAAACGAAGGGCAAAACGAUUGAAUCGAAUGGAUUGAAAACAUGAACAUACCAAGACUUACCAGAUGCAGAAAUUUUGCUGUCUAUUGCAGUUUCUUUUGCGGAAAAAAUUUCACCUAGUAUCAUUUUCAUGUCCAUAAUUAUUCUUUUAUCAGUGUUUUAGGGCAGGUUAGUUGCUAAUUGCUGGCUCUAACUGUUGCUGUGUGAUUUAAUAUUAAAAUGUUAAUAGUUCAUAUAUAGUUUCUUUGAUCAUCAUCGUGGUAUAUAAUCUUUUUGUAUUCAACAUUGAAACUCUCCUGUAUGAUUCUGCUUGGAUGUGAUUACAUAUUCUCCUGCGCAUUGCUGUGGGGUAUUUGUGCA